AUGUCGUACUUCCUACCACAUUUGCCUACGGGCUGGCACGUAGACCAGGCGAUCCUGUCCGAGGAAGACCGCGUGGUCAUUAUCCGCUUCGGUCACGACACCGACCCGGUGUGCAUGGAAAUGGACGAAACGCUCUACAAGAUUUCGACGGCGGUGCAAAAGUUUGCCGUGGUGUACCUUGUGGACAUCACCCAAGUGCCUGACUUCAACAAGAUGUACGAGCUCUACGAUCCUUGUUCCACCAUGUUCUUUUACCGCAACAAACACAUCAUGAUUGAUCUGGGGACGGGCAACAACAACAAGAUUAACUGGGCCAUCACGGACCGUCAAGAACUCAUCGACAUCGUCGAAGUGGUGUACAGAGGCGCGAGCAAGGGCCGAGGUCUCGUCAUCAGCCCCAAAGACUACUCGACAAGACAGCAAUACUAG